UACAAUGAUCUGCGCAGAGCGGAGUGGUCUGUGGAGAUGCCUGAUGGUCUGUUCUGAGGAGCGAACAUGAGCCAGCAGCAUGAUGGACCCGGCCAGGGACCACUUACACCUGAGAUGGACUACAGAAAAACUCCCAGAGAUGGAAGUCCAAGUCAAGAGUCACCUGUACCCAAGGAGAUGGCGGCAGCAGCAGCAAGUACCUGUGGUCGAUUUCCAGGCGGACCUGAGACAGGUAUUCUCAGCCGAGAUGCCAAGAGGCGGUUAAAGUGGUACUGGAACAUCUAGGUAGCUGAUUUCCAAGUGAAGUAAAAAUAUUAUCCAUGGGGGGCGGGGGUGGUGAUGGUGUGGGACCUCUUACAAUGAUCUACAAGACCCUCGUGAUCUUAUCUCCAACCUAGUCACCUCUCUGACCUAAUUUUGUACAACUCUUCAGUUUUGCGCUGGACGCAGGGCCUCCUUGCUAUUCUCCACACACAGUCCUACCUGGGCCUUUGCGCUAGCCGACCUUUGUGCCGGGGAUGCUUC